AUUUUAAUAAUCCGAAAAAAAACCUAGUUCAUGAUACUAUCAUGUUAAAGAGAUUAAACUGAAUUUCAUAGCAAGAUGUAUUAAAUUAUAAUUUUUUAUAAUUAUCAAAUCUACUUGUGUUAAUGUGAUAUAAACUAAUUUGGUACUUAGUAAUCUUAGUAAAUAAAGAUAAGAUUUUUAGUCGUAAUUAAAAUAAAGAAAAGGUCAAACCCAUUGUGAAACGAUAUUAAAAUUGAUAUAUACAAAUACAUGGUCAUUUUUACUUGGAAUUCAACAACUGGAUUGUAUUGUCUGGCUGUUAUUUAAUGUAGUAAUGUUUCUCCAAAAAUUGUCCAGAUGUUUAUUAAAAGGUUUAUCAAAUAAUAUCUCAAGGCCUUUCAGUUUACACAAACUUUCUGAAGAACAUUUAAUGCUACAGAAAACAUGCAGAGAUUUUGCAGAAGCAGAAUUGAAACCAAUUGCAGCCCAGUUAGACAGAGAGCACAAGUUUCCAGCAGAUCAGAUUCAAAAAAUGGGUGAAUUGGGUCUUCUUGCUAUUAAUGUGUCUGAAAAAUAUGGAGGUUCAGAACAAGAUUCCUUGGCGUUAGCAGUUGCUGUAGAAGAAAUAGCUAGAGCAUGUGGUGGUACUGGAACUAUUAUGUCUGUACAUAAUUGUUUAUAUGUUAAUUUACUUGACAGAUGUGGUACAGAGGAACAAAAGGAAACAUUUCUAAAGCCUUUUACCAGCGGAACAUUAGGUUGUUUCGCCCUUAGUGAACCAGACGCUGGAAGUGACGUGGGAGCUAUGUCAACUAUAGCAAGGCUAGAUGGAAACUCUUAUAUAUUAAAUGGUACAAAGUCAUGGGUUACAAGUGGAGCAGAAGGCAAAGCAGCCAUUGUAUUCGCUACCGUAGAUAAAACACUGAAACACAAAGGUAUUACAGGAUUUUUAGUACCUCUUCCAAGUCCAGGACUUUCACUUGGUAAAAAAGAAGACAAAAUGGGAAUUAGAAGUUCCUCAACGUGCAACUUAAUUCUGGAAGAUGUCAGAAUACCUAAAGAAAAUGUAUUAGGCACUAUUGGUGGUGGGUUUAAAAUGGCGAUGGAGCAAUUGGACAAAGCCAGAGUGGGAAUAGCAUCUCAAGCAUUGGGUAUAGCACAGGCUGCAUUGGAAAUUGCCGUGGAGUAUGCUUCUCAACGAAAAGCUUUUGGACAACCAAUCAAUCAGUUACAAGCUGUGAAGUUAAGAAUAGCUGAUAUGGCUGUUAAAUUAGAAGCAGCAAGAUUGCUGGUUUGGAGAGCAGCAGCAUGUUGUGAUGAACCACAAAGAACUACUAAGGAGUCUUCUAUGGCAAAGUUAGCUGCUAGUGAGGCUGCCACUUUUGUAUCGCAUAGUGCUAUUCAAAUUUUAGGGGGUAUGGGUUAUGUGACUGAUUUACCAGCGGAGCGAUAUUAUAGAGAUGCCAGGAUUACAGAAAUUUAUGCAGGAGUUAAUGACGUUCAAAGGAUAUUAAUUGGUGAUUUGAUUAUUAAAGAAUUACAACAUUAAAAUAUUUUUGAUAAUAUAUA